AUUUCAAUCAAAAUGGCCAAGAUAUUAAUAUCCUCCUGUCUGAGUGCAGAUGCCUGAACAUAGAAACCGGCAAAUUAAAGCCGAAGCAAAUGGGAGUUAAGCAAAUGAGUUAAUUAUCCUUGUGGGUAUUUAGAAUUUAAUAAUUUGUUGUUUUUUAUCCUGUGCUAAUCUUCACCAACUCUGUUCCCCCCGAUAGCCUUAAAAUUAAUGUAAGCUCUUGGUUCCAUCACUGUUUUGAGGCUUUGGGGCACCCUGCGUCUAGAAGUUAGAAUGCUUCAUUGCAAAUAGCAAAAUAUUUACAUUACAUUUUGCAUCUUCUAUACAUAAUGAAGAAUUCAUCAUUCUGCCUGUACAAAACUUUCUCAUAACAAGUAAAUGACAAAGCAAACUAGCAAUAUAAAAAGAUAAUACUUAAGAUAUUACUUAAAAAUAAAAGCCCGUUCCCACAUGCACCUCAUUCAUUACAGAGAAUCAAGUGUUGUGCAUCUGUCUCAGAAACAGGCUGUUGGUGUUGGGUGUUUGCUCCCCCAGAGUUCAGGCAGGGGCCUUUGUGCGUCUUGGCCGGGCUAGAUUUCUCUCUGCCUGUAAUUGGAGUCAGUCUCACAGUCCUGGUGGCCUCACAGUCACUUAGCGGGGGCUCGCGUGUCACAUUUAUCAGACUGCUCUCAGCAGCAUUGCCCUUUGCUUCACAAAGACCUGUCCUCCUCUGAUAGAGUCCGCCGAUAUGAGGGAAGUCUCAGGGUGUCCUUGGAAAUGUUCUCACAAAAGGCAGCUUUCAUCCUCAUGUUCCUGCAUGUUCUUAUCACUGGGGUCACAGCUCUUCUGCUUUGUUUCAGGUAUAUUAUGGGCUGCUGCAAAACAUGUAACCAUUUCAAAGACACUUCUAAUUAAUUUAAAUUUGAAUGGCAACCAGACGCUUGUGAACAUUAUUGCAGUAUAUCAAAACAAGUUGUGCUUUAUUUUCUAUAGUUGCGCCAACAAAGUGAAAGGCUUUAGUUCUGCUGAUUCACAGGUUUUAGCGUCCUGAGCCAGUUUCACGUAAGCGCUCUUUAAACCUGUGAUUCAGACUCACUCCUGUUUCUUCUCGCUGUUGCAUGAAUGCCUCUCUGAAUGAAUCCCCCACAUGACCUGAAACAAGACAGGCUCCCUCUCGGCUACCUUACUGCAGGCGACUGUUCAAAGAGUCCGUUUCAUCGCUCCACUGAAGGACCUCAAUAGCAAACUCCCUGCACAGAAUGCAAAACGGACUGAUUCAGCAGAGUCUAGUGGAAUUCAUUGAUCUUUUUGGUGUCAUUGAACAUAACGCGUAGCAUCAAACCUUGGAUCUCUGCAUUUUGGAGUCCUAAUAGGACUUUUUUCUGGAUCUUGAGCGAUCACUAUGGACACCGCUUUUAGGGUUUUCCUUUUGUUGGUGCUGUGUGGAGCCAACUUUGUGUAACGCUGUGCCGUUUCCACGGAUUCUCAUUUUUAUGCCACAUUUGUUUUGCUUUGUUUAGGAUCUGCAAUUAAUCUCAAACUAUAAACUUUAUCAUGGAAUUAAUUGGACAAAGAAUAAUAUGCAACCUUUUUCUAUUUCAUUUUCUGGUGUUAAACGUUGUCUCACCUGGACACUCACUAAAUGUGAGCAGUGAGGAGCAGUUUGCAGAUUUUGUUCCAGAGCAGCAUAUGCCUCCCUCCCGGUAUCAUACAUCUGCUGAUGCUGUGCCCAAGCGUGGCACGGCCAGCUCACAGUCUCACAGCAGAUGGGGAACGCAGAUGGCUUUCUCUAAAACUGUUUAUUCAUUUGAAGUGAAAGAAGACACUGAACCAGGAACAGUUGUGGGAAAGGUUUCGACGUUGUUUGACGACCGCUCGCCUGUUACGUAUUCAGUGCAGGAGGAUGAUGGGGGGGGCCUGUUCCUCCUCAGCCCCCUCUCUGGGGACUUCCUCGUAUCCCGCAGCCUGGAUUUUGAAGAACAGAGCUUCUACGUUCUAACGGUGGCGGCGCAGCAGGGGGAUUUGCGGGUGUCAAGUGUCAGGGUGUACUUCAACGUGUUGGAUGUGAAUGACAACCCCCCCGUCUUCAGUCAGGAUACCUUUCAUGCAUCGCUGCGUGAAGACACGCGGGUCGGAACCUGCUUCCUGUCCUUGAAUGUGUCAGAUAAAGAUGCUGGUGACAAUGGAGACUUACACCUGAGAGUGACCAGCGGAGACGAAGGCAGCGUCUUCUUCCUCAGCCCAGCUGGCACUUUGUGCCUGAGCACCCAGUUAGACAGGGAGAGCCUGUCCUCCUUCAGUCUGACGGUGACGGCCAAUGACCGGGUCCUGCCUGCGUCCUCGCAGCUCACCAGCACAGCGCACGUGAUAGUGCUGGUUACUGAUGUCAACGACAACGCUCCGGCGUUCGUUUCAGCCCCAAGCGUCGUCGUGGCCGAGGACGCGGCGCCGCGUUCUGUUGUGGCAACUGUACGGGCUGAGGACAGAGACGCGGGAUCGAAUGGGGAGGUGCUGUAUUACCUGAAGGAUGUCAGUGGCGCCUUCAGCAUUGGAGAAACAAGCGGAGCGAUUCAGCUGGAGGAGGAGCUAGACAGAGAAGAGGAAGAAACCAAGACCAUCACGGUAACGGCUACAGACAGAGGCUCUCCCAGCAUGACCUCCACCCUGAACCUCACAGUGCACGUCCAGGACGUGAACGAUCACGACCCCCAGUUCCCACAAAGCACCUACAGCCUGAGCGUGGCCGAGGACGUUCCCAGAGGAACCAGCGUGUCACAGCCUCAGGCUCACGACCGGGACGCGGGGGGAAACGGGCAGGUGCGUUACGCGCUGACCCCCGCGGCUCCAUUCGCAGUGGACGUGGUUCGAGGCGUCGUGGUGGCUGUGGAACAGCUGGACAGAGAGCAGCUAUCCAACUACACGCUGAUCAUAACGGCCUUCGAUCAAGGGCCAGCGCCGAGGUCUGCAACCGCUACCGUCAGCGUCACGGUGUUGGACGUCAAUGACUUCACUCCCGUGUUUGUUCCAGAAACGCUGGUCAUACGUGUGUGGGAGAAUGAAGAAGACCAGUCUUACCUCACACAUCAGGUUUCAGCCGUGGAUGAGGAUUCAGAAGCCAACAGCCAGCUUACGUAUCUCAUAGAAAAAGGAAAUGCGGAUGGUUUGUUCUCUAUCACUCCAAACGGCACUUUUCAGAUUCUACAAACGCUGGACAGGGAGAAGGAAUCUCUUUAUAUCAUCACCAUCAUCGCUGUCGACUCGGGAUUCCCGCCUCUAACGGGUUCCCUCAGCUUACAUGUGGUAGUGGACGAUACCAACGACAACCCUCCAGAGUUCACUGAAGACGUCUACAACACCAUAGUGCCCGAGGACAGUCCCACAGGCACCGUGUUCGCCAUGGUAACGGCCUCUGACGUCGAUGAGGGCGUCAGUGGGGAAAUAAGGUACUUCAUGCAGGACACAGAUGUACCAUUUGCUAUAGAGGAAACAUCUGGAGAGCUGUUUACGACCAACACACUGGACAGAGAGGCUGUGGCUGUUUACCAGUUAUCAGUGGUUGGCAGUGAUAAGCAUCCUACUCAUCCUCUGUCCAGCUCGGUGCUUGUCAUUGUACUUAUUGGAGACAUUAACGACCACUGGCCUCGGUUUCUGAACAGCCCGUAUGUCUCCUACGUGCCCGACGAAUUGGACCCGGGUGCAGUCGUCUGUGCAGUAACAGCCACAGAUGACGAUGCUGAGAUCAACGCAGAACUGCGCUAUUCUCUCUACGGACAAACGUCAGAUCUGUUUGUAAUCGAUCCCCACACUGGCUCCGUGUUCACUUCAGGCGCACUCAGGAAUAAGGAGGACGUGGUUGUCAACGUACACGUCGAAGACGGUGGAGAAAACCCUAAAUUUGACAUCACCACCGUCAGCGUCAGGUUCCAGAACGUCUCAGAGUUUCCGGAGGUGAGCGUGGCCGUCGUGACCGACACGCUGUCGGAGGACGCGCCGGUGGGAGCGUUGGUCGCCACGGUUACUGCAGCGAGCGGCAGAGCCCAACCCGUCUCCUUCUACCUCGCUGCCGGCAACUCCGAAGACGCGUUUCACGUGGCGCCGCUGAGCGGAGAGCUGAGGCUGGAGAGGCCUCUGGAUCACGAGAGCAGAAGGUCGUUCGCCCUGUUGAUCGAGGCCCGAGACGCCGGUUCACCUCCCUUCUCCUCAUUCGCACAGAUUCACCUAAACAUUAGUGACGUGAACGACAACCUCCCGCAGUUCACACAAGCCGAGUACAGGUGCGAGGUUCUGGAGAACUCCCCUCCGUCCUGGGUUUGUGAUGUUCUUGCUGUAGAUGCAGAUUCGGGAAGUUACGGUGCGGUGCAAUACAACAUAACGGACGGAAACACCGAUCAUUUUUUCACUAUUGACGUUGAAAGCGGUUUACUGAGUACUUCUGUGGGUCUAGACAGAGAAUAUAAAACAGAAUUCAAUCUAACUGUGGAGGCUGCAGAGGUAGACAACCCCCAUCACAGAGACAGGGCCGCUGUCAUCAUUGUUGUUUCGGACACGAAUGACAACCCACCGCGCUUCUCACAAGCCUUUCUGGCUGCAGUACCUGAGGAUGCUCCUGUUGGACACUCAGUUUUACAGGUGACAUCCUAUGAUGAUGAUAUCGGUGCCAAUGCAGUGAUCAGUUAUUCUAUAACUGACCAAAGUGAUGAUCUGCCUUUUACUAUAGACACCACCUCUGGCCGCAUCACUGUGGAACGGCCUCUGGACAGGGAGGUGCAGGAUCUUUAUAUUCUCAGAGUGAACGCGAAUGAUUCCGUGUGGAGCGUGAGCACGGACGUCACAAUACUGAUCACCGACAUCAAUGAUAACAGCCCAGUGUUCGUCAGCCAUUUCUACACAGUUCUCCUUCCUGAAACAACAGAGACAGAGGCUUUUGUUGUGCAGCUUGUUGCUACGGAUGCAGAUUUGGGGCCAAACAGGGAGAUUGUAUAUUUUAUGGACCCUUUGAAUGAGGAGUUCUGGGUGAAUGCUUCCACUGGUGAAGUAUAUACAAAGCAGCUUUUAACUGGGUAUAACUAUACUUACCAUUUCACAGUCUUUGCAUUCGAUUGUGCCGCAGUUCCUCUGUACAACAGCACCACUGUCGCUGUGAGACUGGUACCAUUUAACCACCACCCACCGAGCUUUCUGCCUUUACGGCCUCUGAUUGUUAUCCCAAAUGACAUGGCUGUGGGAACUGAGGUGCUCCAGCUCACAGCAGUGGAUCUUGAUGUGGGUAAUAGCAGCGCUAAUACUGAGUAUGCUUUGAAUGGCGGCAAUGCAUCAGAUUUCUUCUGGAUCCAAGCUGACGAUGGGAGAAUCUUCUUAAAUCAAACUUUAGCAGACAGCGUAAAUGUGUUUCUAUGCUUAAGUGUUGUGGCCAAAGACCGGGGCACCCCCCCUUUAUCAUCACAGACUGAGAUCAUGUUUGAAAUCACUGGGAGGAACCACUUCCCUCCCUUCUUCAGGGAACCAGAUGUCACGUUCUCUGUCCCUGAGGAUUUGCCCAUAGGAUCAGUAAUUGGGAGGAUUCAAGCAGAGGAUAUGGAUAAUGGAGCAAAUGGAGCCAUUGUGUACUCCAUCCACCCGGAAAAGCCAUACGCACCAUUCUCUAUAGGAGAAGCUUCUGGGCUUCUAACACUGGUCACUGAGCUGGAUUUUGAAAUUCUUGAUGUUUAUCAGCUUCAAAUCCAGGCCACUGAUAGUGGCUGGGCCCCUAAAAGUAGCCUGUUAAAUGUCACUGUGUCGGUUAUGGACGUGAAUGAUAAUCCUCCAGUCUUCCUGUCCUCUGAGUAUCUCACUUCACUGCCUGAAAAUUCAGAAACUGGAACUAAAGUCCUGACGGUGACAGCUGCCGAUGCUGAUUCAGGCGCCUUUUCGCAAAUAUUCUACUCUCUCACUGCUGGUCAUGUGGAUAAGUUUGCAAUUGACUCGAGAAAUGGUACAAUCACCACUUUGGAUGUUUUUGAUUAUGAGCGAGAGCAGGUGUUCGAUCUAACAGUCAGAGCAUCAAACACAGGUCGUCAAACAUUAUUUAGUUUGGCACAUGUUGUGAUCCACAUCUCAGACGUCAACGAGUUCACGCCUACAUUUAUUAACAAGGAAUUCAGCUUUUCAGUGUUAAAAAACGUGCCUCUCAGAAGUAGAAUAGGAAAAGUGACAGCCAUAGAUUAUGACCAAGGCCCUGAAGGUCAGGUGUUUUACUUGAUGUUUGGCCAGAACAAAUACAUAGGCUUCGAAGUUGAUGAACUCUCAGGAGAAAUAUACACAACUGGCAGUUUGAGAAAACAAGGCAACAAUAAUGUGGUUUUAAAGGUGAUGGCGAAGAACGCUGGUGUCAUAACUGGCCUGAAUGUAGAUGAAACUCUGGUCCAUAUCAGCGUGAUCGACACAAAUGAUGCGCCCGUGUUCACCUCUGCUCUUUAUGAGGUGAACGUGACAGAAGACAGCCCGGCUGGGACGUCUGUGUUGACGGUGAGCGCUCUGGAUCAGGACUCCAUCUUGGACUGGAACCGUUUCUUCUUCAGCAUUGAAGAUGGAAACUCAAACUACUCCUUCGCCAUCGACGCGAGCAGCGGCGUCAUUUCAGUAAACUCUCCACUCGACAGAGAACUUUAUCCAGUGUUCAACCUAACUGUCACCGCCACUGAUAAUGGCUCUCCUCCAGCUACUGGAACCUCUGCUGUCAUCGUAACCAUCGAUGACGUUAACGACAACGCUCCCAAACUCACCUAUACUGAGGCUCAGCUGAAGGAAAAUCAGCCCCAGGGAACAAUAGUAGCGCGGUUAAAUGCUUUUGAUGCUGAUUCGGCGUUAAACCAGGGACCUUUCACUUUCUGGUUGGUCAACCCGUUAACGGAGAGCCCCUUCUCACUAACCCCAGACGGAGUUUUGUUCAGCACAAAGCCCACUGAUCGAGAGCUAACGCCGACAUAUCGCAUCCUGGUGGCUGUUAGGGACUCAGGGACUCCUCCACUGUCAUCCACAACAAUGUUCCACAUCGCCAUUGUGGAUGAAAACGACAACCCCUCUCUGCCCAGAAAUAUCUUCAUCGAGGUGAAAUACUUUGGCAGCUCUUUUCAAGGGGGCAUGAUCGGUAACGUCCGACCUGACGACCAGGAUGAGACUGAUUCAUUCAGCUGCACCAUUAAAAGCGGGCCCACCAAUAUGUUCAUAAUCCCUAACGGGACGUGUGAGCUGUGGUCUUCUCCUUUCCAGGGAGAGGCCACCUUUAAUAUAACUAUUGAAGCUACGGACCACCUUCAUUACCCGGUGAACAACAGCAUCUAUAUCAACUACAAGGGGUUCACCAACGCUUCCAUAGAUAACUGCAUAUUAUUCUAUGUGUCAUCACCCUCCAUGCAAGAGUUUCUGUCCAAUAAGUAUCUGAAGUUUGUGAAAGCCCUGGACAGUCUGUUCAACCUGCAGGCCUCCAAGACUCACGUGUUUGGAAUCAAACAUAUCGGCAGAGAGAUCCUUCUGUUGGCUGCUGUCAAAAAUUACAACGGUGAGUAUCUGAGCCAGGAUGUUGCCAGUGGCAUUUCUUCUGGACAUAAGAAACUGCUAGAGGCUCAGAGCAGCGUGGCUAUUUCCCACAUCACCAGUGAUCCAUGUCUCACCAGUCCCUGUCGGAAUGGAGCCAUGUGCCACAAAAGCAUCUUCAUUAGCCAGAGUGUCGCAGUGCUAGAAAGCUUGGCCGUCAUCUACGUGUCGCCUCAGAAAGAGGUCUUUAACUGCACCUGUGCUCGGGGCUUCACUGGGACACUCUGCCAGGACGACAUUGAUGAGUGUGAGUUGAAUCCCUGUGAGAAUGACGGCACGUGCGUGAACAUGGCAGGAAGUUUCUACUGUCACUGCCGGAGCGGCUUCUCGGGGUCCGUCUGCUCCGUGGACGGAGACCAGUGCCUGAUGCUGCAGUGUCAAAAUGGAGGAAUGUGCAUUCCCACACAGGAUGGAUAUGACUGUCGCUGCACGCCUGGAUUUGAAGGAGAAAUGUGUGAGCAGUUCACAGACCACUGCACAUCAGCCCCAUGCGGUCAAGGCAGCUGCACCAAUUCACAGACAGGGUUCGCUUGUCAAUGUCCAUUUGGAGUCAGCGGCGUCCACUGUGAGGAUCACAGUUAUGGCUUUGAGGAGCUUUCCUUCAUGGAGUUUCCACCAUUAGAUCGCAGGAUCAACCUAAUCUCCUUGGAGUUUGCCACCGUGCAGAAGGACUCCCUCCUCUUAUACAACCCCAGCUCCAGCAGGGAGUACUUGGCACUAGAGAUACUGGACGGAACCAUACACCUUUCUUAUGACCUGGGCUCAGGACCUGUGAAGCUCCAAACAACCAAGCAGGUGGCAGACGGGCAGUUCCACGGCAUCACCGUUCGAAGGAUCGGGAAUAUGGGUUCUGUACAUGUGGACAACUGCACAGAUGUUGAAAACAGUGGUUUUUGCUUCUCACAGAAUGACGGCAGCAAUUCACAGAGGACACUCGAUGUUGGCAACAGUAACAUGACAUUUGGAGGACUGAGGACCAUUGAGUUGAUUUUACUGCAGCCGACUCAUAUAAAGUCUCACGACUUUGUAGGAUGCAUUCGAAACAUUCAAGUAAAUGGAAUCCUGCUGAGACCUUCAAUGGCCCUGUCAACGUAUAACAUCCUUGACAGGUGCCCUCGAGCAGCUGUGUCACCAUGUCACAACAACCCAUGUAAGAACGGCGGCGUGUGCCAUGACCUUUGGUCCCAUCAUCACUGUGAAUGCAGAGGCUCAUUUACCGGCAGCAACUGUGCCAGAGCAACAUCAGAGGAGCUCGCACUGAGGUUUACUAGCAAUGAAUACGUUGAGUAUUUUGUCAAGGAAAGGUUCAGAAGAGAUUUCCAGCUAAAAAACCUGUUGGACAAUGAAAAGGAGGAAAACACUGGAGACCAAGCGUUGAUUAACAUUAAGUUCAAGACCAAAGAUGGUGGAGUGUUAAUAUCUGUUCUCACACAGAUUGGAUAUUUGCUGCUUGACGUCAUAGACGGGAAGCUUGUUUUCAUCUUCAGAGACACAGUGUCAGGACACAAGUCAGAGAUCGCUGUAGAACCUCCAGUGGCUGAUGGACUCUGGCAUGUUGUCCUAAUAAUCAGCCAUGGACAGAACACGCUCCUGCUUCUAGAUGAUAAUCCAGUCCUGAACGUCACUCACCAAAUGAUGAAAUUCACUCCUGUUACUGUGGAAAAGAUUGUUGUUGGAGCGGCUGUGACAGCUGAUUCAAAGCUCCAACACUCUGGCUUUGCAGGUUGCGUGCAGUAUUUCAACGCGACCAGCUCCGAUCUGCUUGUCAGUGAACACAGCGUGAUGGUGGACAUCUGGCCAAGCCUGACCCUGGUCCAGUCCAGCUGCAGCUCUUCAGGUGUCUGCAUCCCCUUGGCCUGCUCUGAGAAGGCUGCUGCCUGGACCCACUGCCUCUCAUCCCACUGCCAAAGCCAGUGGUGUGGACCUGCUGCUCAGAACCGCACCUGCAUCUGUUUACACAAUGUCUCCAACCACAUGUGUGAUAUCUGCAGCUCCACAGCAGAGAGCCCUGACUGGUGUCACACAGUGCAGGGCAGCUCCAUGUGGCUCAUCGCUGUGCUUCUCCCUCUGAUCUCGAUCCUGCUGAUUGUAGGAAUGCUGGUUGUGCUUUAUAGAGUGAGGCGGCUCAGCUCGCAGUGUUGGAGUCAUAAUUUGCCACAGAAAACACAGCACGGAGCGGACAACGCUGCGUUUCGCUUCGAUUGUAGUAGAACAGAUGUUGCACCUGAGCCGAGUGAAGAUCCACAGAGGUUCAGUGUGAGUGAGUUUUACUGCGAUGUGAAUGUGUCAAGUGUUCAGUUUGUGCCAAACUGUGAGUUGGAGUAUUACGAAACCGAGAGCAUCUCUAGCUCGUUUCAUUCCGACGCUGCGUCUCUCAAACUCAGCUGGCACAAGAGCCCUUAUAGCACAAAGUGUGGGAAUGAGGAUCAUAAGAAGUGGGGCGAUUUGAAGGUGCUGUUAGCAGGUUUUGAAGAGGAAUGUUGCGGUGAAGAGCAGGCAAAACGCCCCACGAGGCCUCAAAAUGCAGCUUCCCUAUACAAGCGGGCAAUAACUAAGAUCGAUGCAGUGAAGUCCCUGCACACACCUCCAUUCUACACAAAGACGUUCCUCCAACCAGAGCUCCUGCAUCAUGUGCAAAACCUGACGUUUGAAGAAAUCAGUAAACUAAACAUUCAUCUGGAGCGAACAACGUUACAGCAAGCAUUAAGGCCCGGGCCCAUCAGAUCAGUCCCAGCGACCCAUGUCCCCUCUGACAGUGAAACAGAGAGCACAUUCACGUGCUCAGAAUCUGAAAGCAGACACUACUCAGUAACCAGCACUGGUAAAAGUGAACCAGACCAGUUGCCUCCGUCAGCAGGAGUCACACAAGACAAUAAUUCCUCCUUAAACUCUCUAUUCAAAGCCCCCUCGACUGCAGAUCAGCAGAAGCCUAAGAGUAUUUCCUCCAGCAUGUUUGUUGAAUGGGAAAAAGCAUUAAAUAUGAACCUACCUUUUAUUAGCUAUGCUCCAAUUUUUGAGGAAAUUGCACAACUACCUCCUGCACCUGGCUCUAAUAUGCAAAGUGAUGCAGGAGAACUUAUUUGAGGGUCAUCAUACAGACUGUGCGUCAUACCUGACUUAAAGGGUAUAUUAUUGAGUAUAUUUAAUGUAUAUGCUUAUAUAUUUAAUGCAAUGCUUAAUCCUUAAGCAUUUACAUACAGUAUAAAUCAGACUUCAAAUUAAUGAUAUGCUUUUUGUUGUCCUGGAUUUACCCUGAGUAAGUAGCUCACAGUAGAAGCACAAACUAGAAAAUACAAACUAGCCUCUUUUUGUUGUCUGCUUUGGAAGGUUUCUGCCAUUACAGAAGUAUCUGAUACGAUCACAACUACACAUGCAAAAGUUUGGAAGUCUGAUUUUUGUGAAAUAGAAAACGAAAAAAAGAAAUUAUCUCAUGUUGCAUAAAAUAAUGGCUAAACAUUUUUAAUACAGUAUUUCAUAUUGCUCGACAAAAUGAUUUCUAAUUACACUAAAGCCUUUAUAUGCAGUGUGAACUUUGUAUACAGCCACAGACAUUUAAAUACAGAUAAUCACAGACCCCAUAGAUUUAGAAAAGAGCUGAUCUACUGUAAUCUUUAACCAUUUGCGUACACUGGGGAUAUCAUAUAAGAAUUAACACCAUAAACAUUUAGAAAUUACAGUCAUAGAAUAAACUAGCAAACUAGGAUAUAUUUAAGUUUAUUUAUAGUUUAUUAUAUUUAGCGGCUACAGCUACAGCAGCAAACUUA